GUUUAUAAUCGUUUUUGUGUGCGAGUUGCGUUGGCAUUACCCGCGCUGUCGUUUGUAUACCUCGUAUACCUACAGAAAAUAUUUCUGCUCGACAGUUCUUUUUUUUUAAAAAAAGCGCCCUCAUGUCCUCCAUGUGGUCGAUAGUGAAAACACGAUUUUAGUGAAGCAACAACGACGCAUCAUAUAGUUGCCAUAGUCUCUUCGGAAUUGAAAGCACACACGGAAAAGCCGAAUUAAAAGUUUAAUAUACAAUAAUGGAGAUCGAAAUUCUGGUUGCUUCAAACUCAAAAUUCAUUGAAAAUAUAAAGGUCAAUCCAAGUACCACGAUAGGUGAAAUAAAAAAAGGACUUUAUAAGAGUAAAAAAGCCCCAUACUCUGAUAGGCAGAGCUUGAGAACUCAACCUAAAGGAAAAUCGUUAGCUGACACUGAUACAAUAAAAAGUCUUGAUUUAAAAGCUGGCGCAAAAUUAUAUAUGAAAGAUCUUGGACCACAAAUUGGAUGGAAUACAGUUUUUCUCGUUGAAUAUGCAGGUCCACUUAUUGUUUAUCUUUGGCUUUAUCAAAGACCAUGGUUAUUUUAUGGAACUGUAGAUAAUAAAAUGCACAGUGUAGCGCAUUGGGCAGCCGUUUGUUGGACAAUUCAUUAUGCAAAAAGACUUGUUGAAACUUUAUUUGUCCAUCGUUUUAGUCAUGCGACAAUGCCAAUUCGAAAUUUAUUUAAAAAUUGCUCAUAUUAUUGGUUAUUUGCAAUGUACGUUGCCUAUCAUGUAAAUCAUCCAUUAUUUACACCGCCAAGUCAUAUGCAAUUUUUAAUUGGCGUAACAAUUUUCUUUUUGUGUGAAUGUGGAAAUCUCAGUAUUCAUUUGGCGCUUAGAAAUUUACGACCACCGGGUACAACAUUGAGAAAAAUUCCCAAACCCGAUGCAAAUCCAUUUACUGGACUUUUUAAUUUGGUGUCUUGUCCAAAUUAUACAUACGAAAUUGGAAGCUGGCUUGGCUUCACCAUCAUGACACAAUGUCUUCCAGCCGCACUUUUCGCUUUUGCUGGCGCUUAUCAAAUGACAUUGUGGGCUCUUGGAAAGCAUAGGGCGUACAAAAAGGAAUUUAGUGAUUAUCCAAAAUGUCGUAAAGCAAUCAUUCCUCUUAUUUUGUAAUUAAUUAAAAUUACAAUUUUACAAUGAAAGGUGAAAAUUUCUACAUUUUUUUUUUUUUUUAAGUACAAAGAGAAAAAUGAAUGAAAAAAACUUUUGUUUUAUUCACAAUUUAUAUUACUAUUUAAAUAAAAAUUUACGAAAAAUUA